AUGGCUUCGGCGCGCAUUUUGGUAGGGUCUGUACUCUACUGGCUAGCUUGGCUUCCAGCUGUCAACAGUCAAAGCAUAGCGGCCUUUUAUACCGAUCAAGCCAUUCAGAUUGGAGCCCAAAACGCAAAAACGGGCAAAAUUCUUUAUAGCUCCUGCAACAGCGUAGGCACACCUGUAUUCCCAGUCGAUAACCCAAAUGUGCUCUCAACCAAGAGAGCCCCGAGGAAUGGAACAGCUUUAACUAUGGCUGGCUGGUUUGAUACACAGAAGAUCACGGCAUCUAUCUUUUAUCAGUCCGAUAACGGUGACAUCGUCAAUGGUUACUACGAAUGCGAUCCGUCGAGUGGAAAACUUAUACGAAAAGGCGAAUAUGCCAUCUCUGAGAUAGCAGCGCUUGAUUCCGUCCACAAAUUCACUGGGCUCAGGGUGGAGCUUCUGGGCAACACGCUUGGAUAUCGCCUUUUCUAUCAUGACGAAAAACGAGUGGUCAAAAUCUUAUCCUAUACUCCCGAAACGAACUGGAUUGAUGCAGGUGUUGUCUCGCCAGACCCUGUGGUUGGCAUGGGCCUUGGAUCACACCAUAGAGGAAAAGGAAACGUUACAGUAACCUUUCCUCAAGGAUCAGACAACUUAAUGGUAGCUCAGAAUUGGGAUGAUGGUCUGUACCAUCUCGAAAGCCUACCACAACCGUUGAAUGGGACAUUCACAAACGACACUCAAGCCUUGGAAAUCGAAACUGACACAUCAAAACCCGAGUUUACAUUACCGUCUUGGGACGCAGAAAUUGUUUCGAUAGGCACUUCAGUCGAUAGCGCCCGUGCUAGACAUAUUUUUUACAUUGGGACAGACAAAAGGCUCCAUGAGCUUGUUCAACAAGGUGUUGAAUGGAAUUUGGCUGCCAAUGAGUCGCAAAAGGUCUGGCCGACCGCGGAUACAUCUAGCGCGCCUUUGGCUGUAUCGUAUCAACAGAGCCGGGGCGAAACCUGGGUGUAUUAUCUGGUGAAUGGCAGCAUUGUCGAAGCCUAUAGAGAUGGUUCCGGCUAUUGGGAUGAUGCUAAGACUCUCCCUACCCAAUCGGCAAACGCUGCUGAUGGGGAUUUAUCGGCAGGAGAUGGCGACUCCAAGAAGAAUACCGAUGGAGACGAGUCAGAUGCAAGUGUACCUCACAGCCUGACUGCUGGUGCAAAGGCAGGUAUUGGUAUUGGUGCUGGCGUCGGCGCUCUCUUGGUCGCUGGCUUGAUCUGGUCCCUGUUUAGGCGCCGUAGCAAAUCCGCUCCUGCUAAAGGCAGCCCACUGAAAAAAGAAUCAGACAUCGAGCAAGAAGGAAGCUUGAAAGACAACAAGUUCCGAGUUUCUGAGAUGGCUGCUGAAAGCCAACCUCUGUCGUCUGGUUAUGCUCCUCCGCCAAAGUAUGAAAGCCCACAGCCGCAGAUGAUGGACAACCGGACUCAACCGGCAGAAUUGGCUAGUCCUACUAUGAUCUACGAGAUGCCUGGGAAUCCUGGCUCGGCGGGAUUGAAGAUGUGA